AUGGCGUUUUUCUCGAGAACGAAACGAGUUACAGACCCGCUGGAUGACCGGGUCAAGGACCGGAUCGUCGGCCGUGAUAGGCUGGAACCGGUGUAUGUAAGCAGCGGUAGCGAACACAGUGCCGACAGUGGUGGUUACGAUGACGAUUCAUCUCCGUCUCCUUGUCUGUCUAAUCUGCUUCCUUGCUUCUUGCAUCGAGAAGAAGAAGAAGAAGGUGGUGGUGGUGGAUGCUGUAAUGCUAAAGCCGAUGAUGACGGUUGUCAGUUGAACGACAAGGAAGUUGAUUCCGAUUCCGAUUCCGAUUGUGAAUCUGAUCGUACGGAUGCAAUUAUUGAAAUCAUGCGUUCAAUGUGGAGGAAUCAAAAUGUUGAUAGGUUUAGAGUUGUGUUGAUGGCUCAUGUUAUGAAAGGUAUGGAGAUUUUUCACUCUCUGAGACCUAAUCAACAAAUUCUCCAUAGAAACAUGAUGUUGUUUCUUCAAAAUAUUGGCUACAAUGCGGCGAUUUGUAAGACGAAGUGGGAAGGCUGCGGCGGACUUACUGCCGGUAAUUACGAGUUCAUCGACGUAGUCAGAUCCGACUCAGGCGCUCGCUACUACAUCGAUCUCAAUUUCGCCGGAGAGUUCGAGAUCGCUAGAGAGACAAACCAGUUCCGCCGCCUCUCACACCACCUCCCGACGGUUUUCGUCGGCAAAAGUGAAGAUCUAAAACAGAUCGUCAAGUUGAUGAGCGACGCCGCGAAGCGUUCGUUGAAAACCAGAGGAUUAUUCCUCCCUCCAUGGAGGAAAAAUCGAUUCAUGCAGAACAAGUGGUUCGGCCCCUACCGUCGUACGAUCAACUACACUCCGAUGAACAUCUCGUCGGCAUCUGCGGUACCGGCGAUAUCGACGGCUGGUCCCGUCAAAUGCCGGUCGAUCGGAUUUAACGCCGUUAGUGACGCUUCGUUAAUGCCCGCGGCAACCCGUACAAGAUAA